CUGGAAGUAUGGGCAUACAUUGCCAAGGUGCAGGUUCAAUGUGCAAUGUCAAGAAAAUGCCAAUGAAAGCGUCCAGUCUCCAUCAUAACGUUAGCUGUAGUCGUGCAUUCGUAGACAUGCACACGCUGCCGCUUGCACCCGACUACUUUAACUGCCCUCCUUUGCCCACCCAAGAAGCGACGCGAUAUGCACACCUGGCUUACCAACACGCCCUCCAUAUUGUCCAAGCUAGUACCGUCACCAACACACGAUACCACUGGAACAUAGACUCGGACGAUGCAGAUUUAAAGAUGUACGAAGGUUGGGACCCGUUCACACCCAACACGUCGACGCUCCACGCAGGGACCACCGAGUUCAUCGGUCACUUGGACGAAGUUGCCGGUUACUACCGCACCCACCAUGUCAAGGGACAUGGCGUCGUGGCAGACACGCACACAUUGUACACGAUCGUGGACACACCAACAGCCUCUGUGCGCGUCAAGUGGCUCGCGACCAAAACGUCCUCGCUCGAUGGGUUCGUGGCCAAGAAGCGGCGCGAUUUCUGUGUGCUCGAGGUGAAGUACAAGUUGCUUUCGAAUGUGGUGGUCCUGUGCUGGAGCUCCAUCGACAUGAAGUGUUGUCCACCCAUCGAUGGCAUGCUCCGAGCCAGGAUGUUUCCGUCCGGCGUGGUUUGCCAAGAUGCCGCUCGCCGCGGGUACCUCCACCUGUCCGCUGUCGCCCACAUCGACGUCCAAGGGCUCGUGCCGCCACUCGUGGCCUUGCGCGCGACCAAGGACAUGUGUCGCGCGUUCGCAGGCGUCGAGCUCUGUCUGCGUCAAAGUCGUCUGAGCGCGUCGGCGUUCUUACUUGCGCGGGACCUGCGGCCGUUGGACAGUCGACGGGAUUGCUUUCUUUGCCAUCGCCGCUUCAGCCCGCUGCGGAAAAAGACCAACUGCCUUAAAUGCGGCGAGGUGGUGUGCACUGCGUGCAACCCGUCGUGGAGUGUUCUUGUGAAUGGCCACCUCACCAAGCGACGCGCGUGCACACUCUGCUCCCUCGCAUCUAAGCCAUCAAAGCCUGUGGCUACGCCGUCCAUUCAUCGUGAUGAUUUGGUUCCCAGUCUCGGCUUCCGCUCGUCGGACGCAACGACCAUCGACAGAGACGACAGUAUGUCUCGGUACAGCGAUAGCACUAUGGGCUAUCACACGUAGGCACACUUACUCAGUAGCAGGACAUAAGCCGACAAUAACGUGACGAUUGCAUGUUCGUGAGA